AUGCAACGUUUGAUUCGCUCCGUUCUCGACCGCUUUUCGCAAAACGGUUCUUCUACUAACCUCAAAAAUUCGUUGACUGCUAGUUCAUCUGCUACCUCAAAUGCCGCCCAAGAGAUCUACCCAACUUUGCCAAAUGCUUCCCCUUCUAAGACGAUAAUUACGCUGCCUUCGCAAACGCGAUUGGCGAGUGGUGCAGAUGUACAUCGAUACAGUCGAGAAAGUUAUGGUUUCGAAGCAAGAAACGAGUCGACGGACGUUCCAUUUUAUGAGGAAUUCCCUCCGAACGCAAUCGUCGUCUACACGGAUGCAAGUUGCAUCCGGGGAAUAGCGACUGGAAUUGCGAACUUUUUUGGAAACGAUCACCCACUUAAUCUCUCCAUGCGGCUAAAUUUGAACGAGCAUAAUAGUGGGAAAGGAGAGAUUUAUGCGACGACAAUGGCUCUUCACCGUGUCGCACAUUGGGAAGACUACAAUGGCGAAUUGGUGAUUGUUCGCACCGAUUAUUUGAACACACUCGUCGCAAUGCGAAAAGGAAACAAUAGCGCUUUUGCUAUGGAUUACGACAAUUUACGAUGUGUGGCCGCAUGGUUUCCACUUGGAGUCGAAUUUCAGUGGGUUAAGGCACAUAACGGUGAUCCGGGAAACGAAAUGGCUGACACAAUGGCAAAAAAUGCAAUUGGAAAAGAUAGAAUUGGUCGAUCAAGCUCGGUGGAACUGUCAAGAUCAAGUAGAAAUCGAUCUCGUACUCAGUCCCGGCGUCGCGUCCGCUCCAACUCUCCUUUUCUCAAGCAAAACAGUAAACGAAGAUCGCAAAGCCGAGAAGAUGGGAUUCUAAAACAAGGAAGACUUUCAAGAAUUGACACCAUUGGAUCCGUUGACGCUGGAUACGGUUCGCGUGGUUCUUCAGUGAGCUCAACUCGAAGUGAUUCGUCACAAGGAUAUUAUGAUGAUUGGUCAAAUGGAGAGCGAAAAGUUUUGAUCAGAGGAGGCAAAUCAUGGAGGAAAGGUGACCGACCUCAAAUCAUCUACCCACACCAAACACCAAUUAUUCCGUAUCUGCAACGAUUCAAAGAUUUAACGAUUCUGCAA